AUGAGUAACCCUAACGCCGCCGCCGCGAAAGAUGAUUCCGCCACGGAGACGGAUCCUUCAACCCAUUUCAUCGGAGACACGCGACGAGACUCCGGCUCCGAUACACAGUCCAACACCGAUCGCGGCGGAGAAGACUUGCUUCCUCUUCCUCCUCCUUCGGAAUUGAGCCAAUUCGAAGAAGGAGAGAAGAUUUUAGCCAAGCACAAUGAUUGCUUCUACGAAGCCAAGGUUCUUCAGGUUGGAUAUGAAGGCAAUCAAUGGAAGUAUUUUGUGCAUUACAUUGGUUGGAACAAAAGUUGGGACGAAUGGAUAGGUGAGGAUUAUGUGUUGAAACACACAGAGGAGAAUAUUGAGAAACAGCAGGAACUCGGAAUGAAGCAAGGAUUAAAGAGUGCUAUGGCUUGGAAAGUGUCAAAGAUGAAACCUAGAAGCCAUAAUGUUGCGAGAGGAAAAAAGCGAAAGCAAGAUUCUGCAGACACAGCUGUGUCUGUGUCCACAUUGGAGAAGAUGGUUCCCUCUGAAAACCUUUUAACCCUCCAUAUCCCACCAGCGCUGAGGAAGCAACUGAUUGAUGAUUGUGAAUUUGUUACUCAGAUGCAAAAGCUUGUGGAACUUCCCCGCUCUCCAAAUGUGGAUGACAUCUUGAAGAAGUACACUGACAGCAAACUGAAGAAACAGAGCAGGGUAAGUGAUUCAGUAGAGGAAGUUCUGAAAGGCUUGCGUUGCUACUUUGACAAUGCUUUACCGGUGAUGUUGCUUUACAACGACAAUGAACGGAAGCAAUAUGAGGAAUCUGUUUCACCGGAUGUUCCUCCCUCAACUGUGUACGGAGCUGAGCAUUUGUUACGACUCUUUGUGAAAUUACCGGGGUUGCUAGUUCAUGUGAAGAUGGCAGAAGAGACGUUGAAGGAAUUGCAGGACAAUUUUGUUGAUAUUCUCAGGUUCUUGAGGAAAAACCAGAAUUCGUUUUUUAUAUCAGCAUACAAAGCAGUGGAAGAAAUGGAGAAGAAUCAAGAGGAAGAAGAGUAG